CGACAGAUUGGCGACCCACCGACAACAUUUGGACACUAUUUAACUUUUGUCGGACCACCCAGCCACUGUUUGGGCUUUUAUUUUUAUUUUAACCAUGACACCUUUAACUGUGCGCGAGCGGUACGAUACAUGCGUUAUAGCGGCUGGGGAGCGGAAGUGAAAGGAGGAGGGAAGUUGUUAAGGGGGAAAUAAACCUCUAAAAAGUGAUUUUCGUCCAGUCAAGUUCAACUAAAAUCUCGUCUUUUUAGAGGAAGGGUGGCCCUGGAGAGUUUGGGGGGGCAUGGACACCCACGUUAAGGAGGGACAACUUUAUGUGCAGCAUCAAAAGUUUGGCAAGAAAUGGAAGAAGAACUGGUUCGUCCUGUUCCCUGCCAGCCAGAACGGCAUCGCCCGCCUCGAGUUCUACGACUCGGGGGGCGGCGGAGGCGGCGGAGGCUCGGGGAGCGGGUCCACGGAGAAGUCCAGGAAGCUCGACAAGAAGAUCAUCCGCCUGUCCGAGUGCAUCUCCAUCCUGCCGGCGCUGACAGAGAGCUGUCCCAAAGAGAACAUGUCGGCCUUCUGCGUGGAGACCAACGACAAGACGCACGUGUUCUCUGCCGAGAGGAGCACCGCCAAGGACUGGAUGGACACCAUGUGUGACAUCGCCUUUAAGGGCGGCAGCAGCAGUGCGGCUGCAGACCCUAACGGAGGGGGCCUCGACCUGCAGAUGUCUGAAAACCUCAUCUACUACUCCAGAGAGGAGGUGAACGAGUUCUGGGUGAGCGUGCAGCGCACCGAGGCGUCAGAGCGCUGCGGGAUGACGGGCAGCUACUGGCUGAAGGCCGAGAACGACAUCUUGAUCUUAAAGGAGCCGAAGACAAAGAGGGACGUUCUGGCGUGGCCCUACAAACUGCUGCGGAGAUACGGCCGGGACCGGGUGAUGUUUUCCUUCGAGGCCGGCCGACGCUGCGACUCAGGCCCCGGGAACUUCACCUUUGACACCAAGCAGGGCAACGAGAUCUUCACGCUGGUGGACCAGGCCAUCCAGUCGCAGAAGGUCCAGGCCGAGGAGCGCCACCUCAGCAGCCCCCUCAACUUCGACCCCGACUGCCCGUCGUCCCUGCAGCACAUACGCAACGCCCCCCCCAGCAGCCUAACAGGAAGUGGGGACAGCAGCAGCUGCAGCAGCCGGGAGGCCGACGGAGAUUCAGGGGGCAGCAAACCAGGCUCUGCUGACGGAGUGCUGGGGAAGAGAGAGGGUGGAGAUGGAGGGGGAGGAGGGAGGGGGCAAGGAACAGGACUAAAGGGGAGGAGUUUACCAGAACCUCCAGCCAUAAUGGGCGUUAUGGGAAGUGGGGGGGUCCCUGCGAAGUCUCCAAGAGGUCAGGUGGCAGCGAAAGGUGCUGAUGAACAUGCAGCUCUUUACUCUGAGCCGGCAGACUCCGUUCGCCUGCCUCUGCACGCCGGAGACUGCCUCUACUCUGACCCCAUGGACACCAUCAAAGCUCAGAGCCAGAGCAGCACCCACCCUGUGGCCCCCCCCCGCCUCCGACCAGCAGGAGAUGACGCUCCGGGACUUCAAGGGGAUCAUCACCUGGGAGGCAGGAAGCUGCCGGACCUGUACUCGCACGUGUAUGACCGGAUCAGCCUGGAGCUGAGCCAGAAGACGGGCGCGCUGAGUCUGAACGGAGCCGCGGGGGGGUGCAGAGGGGGGAACAGUAACAGGAGGCCCCCAGGAGGUCAGACAGAAGGAGCUUUAACGCCUCCCGCUGCGCGUCUGGAGCACAUCUACGACGAACCAGAGGGCCGCGCCUCCACCGGUAAAUCAGGGAUGACAAUUUAUGACGAGGCCCGCCUGGAGCCCCACAUCCACAGGAGAAAGGACGAGGCGGCCCCUUCAGGGCCGGAGGGAACUUACAGCACUGCUUUGCAUACAAAGCCAAUAGACCCCCACAAACACUCGCCCCCGCAGCCGGCCCAGAGCCGCGGCACGCCUCAACCCCCCGCACCGCGGUGGCCCAAACCCCUCACCGGCCCGAAGCCCGGCAGGAUGAAGAAGGAGCCGGUGCCGCUGCCCCCCGGAAGACAUGGAGGCAAUAAUGUAAACAACAACAACAAUCUAUGGGUGGGAGGGGACACGGGGCAGGAGCUGUACAGCAAAGUGUCAAAGAAGAAACCUCCACCUGCUGACUCGUGGGAUUCGCUGAGAUCACCUGAAUGCAUCUACGACAACCUGGGAGACGUCUGACUCGAGGACUAACAGACGAAACCGUUAUCCCCUUUGUGAAAAGAGGAGAAGUGCAAAUCCAGAACACUCAGUGGUGGCCUUUAUUCCUGCAGCUUUUGUAACAUUUCUUCAAACUGUGGACUGGCAUCAUUAUGUCGAUUUAUUGGAAGUAGAUCAAAGCACAACUAUAAGAUCAUGGCUGCAUGGAGUGAGACUAUGGAAGGGCCACCCUGUGUGUGUGUGUGUGUGUUUUGAGAAAGAGAGAGUGGGUGUUUGCAUGGUCAAACCCAUAACUGGAGUACCAAGCCACAGUGUGGUGGGAAGCUGCCACUUUUCUAUAACACACAUCGCACACACAGCGUCUGGAUGUGCCAGGAGCCCGGCCUGCAGGCUUCACUUUAACAAGCUGAGAGAGCGGCUUGGCUCCUUUUUAUAAAAUAUCCACCGUGCUUAUGAAGUUACUAGGAAACAUGUUUUUGCACUGCUUAGGUCCGGAGUAUCUUUGAGGCUUCAACAAAAGGAGCUGGCUUUUUCUGUUUGUGUAAUCUGGACUGAUCCAUCUUCUCAAUGAGCGGGGAGAUUUACAACAUCUGCAGCCGAGGACACUAAUAUGUGUCGUUGCAUCUGAGGAUGCAUUAAAUACAAAAACAUUGUUGCUACUGUUUUAAAGGAAGUGAGACAUAAAUGGGUCGUAAAUAGGUCCUGUGGGUCACAUGGUCGUCAUUAAAUUACAGAGGUGACUUCCUGCACAACACAAUAUUAUUGAAACUUUUAUGUUUCUAAUGACAGAAAAACUAAAUAUGAAGCUAACAAUCCCAAUGUGUCAGUGUGUCAGAAACAGCUGUGCUGUCUGUAAAUAUAACUAUUAAUAAAAAUGGCUCCAAAAACGUU